AGGAAACUACAUGUCAUCGACGCUCGUGGCAUGCUGUGCGCUUCAAGCGCUCAUCAACUUGAAGCACGCUGUUAGCACCUACCGACAUUCUUAGAAACCCACCAAUCACAAGGUAGUUGUUACACACUCAUUGAGUCCACCCUGCGCCACCCACUUUCACCUGAAGUUGUCAUUCAGCCAUGGACGUGGUCAAGGCAGUGGAGACAUACAUCACGAAGUUGGUGUCUACGCCCUCUGCAAUGAAAGUUCUGCUGCUUGACACACACACGACACCCAUCGUUUCACUCGCCUCCACCCAAUCUACUCUACUUUCACAUCAGGUUUACCUGACAGAUCGUAUCGACAACAAGAAACGGGAUCGGAUGUCGCACAUGAAAUGUGUCUGUUUUCUGCAGCCAAGUGAAGACAGUCUUGAUGCCCUUUCUGCCGAGUUAAGGGAACCCAAAUACGGGGAAUACUAUUUGUACUUCAGCAAUAUACUGAGCAAACCUGCCAUUGAACGUUUGGCCGAUGUGGAUGAAUUUGAAGUUGUCAGGGAGGUGCAGGAAUACUUUGCGGACUACGCACCCCUGUUACCCUGUCUGUUUUCUCUCAAUCAUGCACCGACGUCAGAGAAACCUCUGUAUGGCUCGUCACCAAAUGUAUGGGAUCCCCAUGCGCUCGAGCGCUCUGUGCAGGGUGUUAUGGCAGUCCUUCUCAGUUUGAAAAAGAAACCUGUGAUUCGCUACGAGAAGACAAGCGGAAUGGCCAAGAAGUUGGCGAGUGAAAUGCAGCAACGUAUCCAAGUGGAGUCGACAUUGUUCGAUUUCCGUUUGACGCAAGUAGCUCCAUUGCUACUAAUUCUUGACCGGCGAAACGACCCUGUCACUCCUCUGCUAUCCCAGUGGACUUAUCAAGCCAUGGUGCACGAGCUUUUGGGCAUUCAUAAUGGUCGCGUAAAUCUCAGCAUGGUUCCUGAUAUUCGUCCAGAGCUCUCUGAAAUAACCUUGACAACGACUACCGACCCUUUUUUUCAAGCUCAUUACCUUGCCACGUUUGGAGACCUUGGCACUUCCCUGAAGAACUACGUCCAAUCAUAUCAGUCGCGUUCUCUUGCCCAAUCACCUUCAUCCAUCAACUCAAUAUUUGACAUGAAGCGCUUUGUAGAGGAAUACCCUGAGUUUCGGAAACUGGGUGGGAACGUCAGCAAACAUGUCGCUUUGGUAGGCGAACUUAGCAGGUUGGUGGAUCGUGACAGGUUACUUGAUGUGGGGGAGGUAGAGCAAGGACUGGCCACGAGCUCGGGUUCAGACUUCAAGAACGUACAGGCCGUAGUCAACAACCCGGUCGUGCCAGCCUGGAACAAGUUGCGGGUCGUCAUUCUCUACGCAUUGCGUUAUCAAAAAACACAGACGAGUAAUAUUGCUGCUUUAAUCAAUAUGCUGCUCUCCAAUGGGGUGUCUCGCGAGGAGGCUCGGCUAGUUUACGUUUUUUUGAAUGUUGCUGGAUCAGACCAGCGACAGGAUGAUUUAUUCUCGACUGAGUCUUUGUUAGCUAAGGGCAGAUCCGCUUUGAAAGGACUUAAGGGUGUUGAGAACGUGUAUACUCAGCAUACGCCACAUCUUUCUCAGACUCUAGAGAAUUUGUUUAAGGGCCGAUUGAAGGACACUGCCUAUCCUUUCUUGGACGGGACCGGCACUAACAUGGGAUUGCAGAGGCCUCAAGAUAUCAUUAUUUUUAUGAUCGGAGGUACUACCUACGAGGAGGCGAGGACAGUCGCACUCCUGAACCAAGAAGCAGGUAAUUCUUCGACAGGGACAAGGAUUCUUCUUGGCGGCACUUGUGUACACAAUUCGUCCAGUUACGUUGAGAUGAUUCGUGCAGCUGCAGAGAAAUUCCCUGCAUCGGUUUACGAGCCACCUCCAGAAUCGGCAACUACCGCUCCAUCUCUGAACCUGAAUCUUGGUGGCGUCAAUACCACGGAGGAUGUCAAGGUUAAAACGCGUACUGGGGCACUGCUGACCCUCGUCUCUGCAUGUAUCAUUUUGGCGUUUACAACAAUGGAGUUUUUCGACUACCGACGCGUUGGCGUUGACACAUCGAUAGAAGUCGACCGGAGCCGGGGGCAGAAACUGAGCGUACGGUUGAAUGUCACCUUCCCCCAUGUUCCAUGUUACUUGCUCAGUCUAGAUGUCAUGGACAUCUCCGGCGAGCAACAACGCGAUGUUUCACACAAUAUUCUCAAAAAGCGGCUUACUCAGACUGGCGUGGACAUGCCUGCACAGCGGGGCAAUGAUCUCCGCAACGAGAUCGACAAGCUUGCUGAGCGACGCGCGAGUGGGUAUUGUGGCUCGUGCUAUGGUGGACAGGAACCGGAAAGUGGGUGCUGUAACUCGUGCGAGGAGGUUCGACAGUCAUAUAUAGACAAGGGGUGGAGUUUCGGCAAUCCCGACGGUAUCGAGCAGUGCAUUGAGGAAGGUUGGUCAGAGAAGCUCAAGGACCAGGCGGACGAGGGAUGCAAUGUUUCUGGACGUAUCCGGGUAAACAAAGUUAUCGGAAGCAUCCAAAUUUCUCCGGGGCGUUCCUACCAGACAGGCUCGCGUACCUUCCAAGAUCUGGUGCCGUAUCUUCGUGAUGAUGGUAACCCACAUGAUUUCAGCCACACGAUCCACGAGUUUUUCUUCAUGGCAGACGACGAGUAUAACCCUAACAAGGCGAAGAUUGGGAAGGAAAUGAAGGAACGGAUGGGGAUUGCGGACAACCCAUUGGAUGGUGUUGAGGCGAAGACGACCAAGGCGGCGUACAUGUAUCAGUAUUUCCUCAAAGUCGUAUCAACACAAUUCCAGACGCUGGAAGGCAAAGUUAUCAACACGCACCAAUACAGUUCAACGCAAUUUGAGCGCGAUCUGUCGAAGUUCAACGAAGGCGAGAACCAGCAAGGCGUAGUCACUCAACAUGGCAGCUCGGGCUCGCCAGGUGCAUACUUUAACUUUGAAAUUUCACCGAUCCUUGUCGUGCACUCUGAAACGAGGCAAUCAUUUGCACACUUCCUCACUUCGACUUGCGCUAUUGUCGGAGGUGUUCUCACUGUGGCUGCACUACUGGACAGCAUCCUGUUUGCCACAGGACGCAGGCUGAGGAAAGGCGCUGGUAUGGAUGGGGGCGUGAAGCUGAUGUAAAAUCGUAUACGAUAGGACGUUCAUCUUGAGCACACUCGUUGGCCCGAGAAAACACAAAUACGCUUCUACGCUGUUUGGAAUCACUGAUGCACUGAGCAUUCGUAGAAAAUAUUACCCUGAACAUCCGCUUACUUUGACUCCUCGCUUCCUCGCGCCCCAGUACCCCCUGUAUUCGACCUCUUUCGGGGCAGGUUUACUAUUUCUUGCGGCACCAGGGGGGUAUUCUAUGAGCGGCACUUGCAAUUAAGUAUAACACCUGAUGCGAACAAUGUCAUGGCCACGUACUUCUGGG